UAUUUCCGGGGCGGGUUCGUGUCUCUCCGCCAGCUCUCGGCUGUUUCCGGGGCGGGCUCGGGCGGUUCCGGCGGCGCUCGGGCCCUUCCCAGGCUGCCGCCGGGCGGAGAGGCAGCAGCGGGCUGGAGGCGAGCGGAGGCGGCCGGCGGAGAGGAGACGUAGCAUGCCACACCAUUCGGAGCUGGAACAGCGCAGUGCUUUUGCCCCCUGGACUCCGAGAAACCUACUUCUUUUUUGGUGAAGCAGACCCUGAUCUCCUGUUUCUUUGCUGCAUGCCCACUCACAAGUGCUGGAUUAUGUUUGUCUCCUUCUCCCUUUGCUCCAUAAUUUGGUUGAAUCGUGGUUUCAAGCUGAGGAAAAGGGGCUGCACCUAAACGUGUCAGGGCACCCAGACCAGGCUCCUGGAGUUCUGGUUCCUGCAGAGACGUUGAGAGUGCUGAUGGGGGAGAGCUGCCUCUGAGAGCCCUCCUCUCCCACGCGAAUCAGGCUGCCUCGUUGUUCCGAGCUGUUCUCCUUACAGCAGAGAGGAUGGGCAGCACCGAUGGGUUCCAGUACCGCGCACUCUAUCCCUACCGCAAGGAACGUGAGGAGGACAUUGAUCUGCUGCCUGGGGACAUCCUGGUGGUCAGCAAGGGGGCCCUGCAAGCCUUGGGCUUCAAAGAUGGGGAUGAGCAGACCCCCAACCAGAUCGGCUGGAUCCUGGGCGUCAACGAGCGGACCAAGCAGAAGGGUGACUUUCCCGGCACGUACGUGGAGUACGUGGGGCCUGUGAAGAUCUCUGUCCCUUCCCAUCGCCCCCGUGUGCAGAGACCCCUGCCCGCGACACCAGGCGCCAGUGGCUGCCGGCUGCAGGAGGCUCUGGAGCAAGGGCCUCCUCUCCCAGAUCUGCAGGAGCAGUUCAGCCCUCCCGAGAUCGCGCCACCGCUGCUGGUGAAGCUGGUGGAGGCCAUUGAGAAGAAAGGGUUAGACAGCGAGAUGUUGUACAGGACAUCUGGCUCCGAACUGAGGCAAGCGCUGAGAACCGAUUGGACGCUGGGUGACCUGGAGCACUUUGAUGUGCACUCCCUGGGCGAGGCGCUGCGAGGCUACCUGCAGGACCUGCCCUCCCCUGUGGUGCCGGUGUCCGUGCAUGGAGACAUCCUUCGUGUCCUGCAGGAGAAUCCCCAGCCGGAGAAUUGCCGGAAGCAACUGCUGUUGGCCCUGGAGUCACCUGCAGUCCCGCUCCAGAACACGCUCACCCUGCAGUUCCUGCUCCGGCAUCUGGGGAAGGUAUCGCAGCAAGCAGAGAGCAACAACCUCCACCCUCGGGCCCUGGGAGAGAUCUUCGGCCCACUGCUCCUCCGGCUGCCUGGCGCCAGCCCGGAGCUGAGCCCUGACUUCUCCGUGCUAUUUCUGGAGAUACUUCUGCAGACGAAGGAGUUGGAGCCGGAACAGUUGCCUCCAGCCUUACCUCCAAAACCUCCUAAGCCAAAGCCCAGCGCAGCCAGCUUGGCCAAUGGGAACAGCGUGCCUUUGCAGGAUGCCGAGUGGUACUGGGGUGACAUUUCUCGGGAGGAGGUGAACGAGAAGCUACGGGACACGCCAGACGGUACCUUCUUGGUGCGCGAUGCCUCCAGCAAGAUCCAGGGGGAAUACACACUUACGCUCAGGAAGGGAGGCAACAACAAGCUGAUCAAGAUCUUUCAUCGGGAGGGGAAAUACGGCUUCUCGGAGCCCCUGACGUUUGGCUCGGUGGUAGAGCUCAUCACCCAUUACCGGCACGAGUCGCUCGCUCAGUACAAUGCCAAGCUGGACACCAGGCUGCUCUACCCCAUCUCCAAGUACCAGCAGGACCAGGUGGUGAAAGAGGACAGCGUGGAAGCCGUUGGGGAGCAGCUGAAGGUCUAUCACCAGCAGUACCAGGACAAGAGCUGGGAGUACGACCUGCUGUAUGAGGAAUACACGCGCACUUCCCAGGAGCUGCAGAUGAAGAGAACAGCAAUUGAGGCCUUCAACGAGACAAUCAAGAUCUUUGAGGAGCAGUGUCAGACGCAGGAGAAAUGCAGCAAGGAGUACAUCGAGCGCUUCCGGCGGGAGGGCAACGAAAAGGAGGUGCAACGGAUCCUCAUGAACUCGGAGAAGCUCAAGUCUCGCAUCACAGAGAUCCACGACAGCAAGAUGAAGCUGGAGCAGGACUUGAAGAAACAAGCCUCAGAGAACCGGGAGAUCGACAAGCGCAUGAACAGCCUCAAGCCAGACCUCAUGCAGCUGCGCAAACUGCGAGACCAGUAUUUGGUGUGGCUGACACAGAAGGGUGCCCGGCAGAAGAAAAUCAACGAGUGGCUGGGCAUCAAGAACGAGACAGAGGACCAAUACUCCAUGAUGGAUGACGAGGAGGAGCUGCCACACCACGAGGAGCGAACGUGGUACGUGGGGAAGAUCAAUCGCUUGCAAGCAGAAGAGAUGCUGUGCGGCAAGCGGGACGGCACCUUCCUGAUCCGCGAGAGCAGCCAGAAGGGAUGCUACGCCUGCUCCGUGGUGGUGGACGGUGACACCAAGCACUGCGUGAUCUACAAAACAGCGACCGGCUAUGGGUUUGCUGAACCCUACAACCUCUACGCCUCCCUCAAGGACCUGGUCUUGCACUACAAGCACACGUCCCUGGUGCAGCACAAUGACUCCCUGAAUGUCACGCUGGCCCACCCGGUCCUUUCCCAGCCACCAGCCAGAUGAGCAGCCCCUGCACAACACAACAGCUGCCUUCAGCUUCUCCCCAGGGCGCUGCUUUCUGGCUCUGGAUUCUUGCACCCUGUAUAGUUGAGUCUCUGUGCUCCUGCCCCUCCAGAGCCUCUGAGAUGUCUGUGACCGUUCCUGGUGUCCCUUUUGGUCAGUAGCUGAAACCCGUGUUGGCUGAUGGAGCAAAAAGCCUGGGCUGUUGAUUCCUGGUGGGCUCUAGCCUCUAGGAGGUGGGAUCCAGUUGUGAUUGAAUUGCUGUGGGCGAGCGCAGCCCCCUCCCUUUCCCUGAAAAACAGGUCAGGUCCCCUUCUUGCUGGCAAGUCGCCCUGCUAUGCAUCACGGUAGAGCUAGGUUCCCCAUUCCUCGGUGCGCUGUGGCGUCAGUCGUCGCCACGAGCACUGCUCUGAGCGAGGGGCUCCCUGCCUGGAUGCCAAGGAGGUUCUGCUGAGCGUGUGCACCCUCCCCUCUCGCUUCUCUCGGCAAUCUAAAGGUUGCGGUUGUGUCUGGUACGAGGGGGUGCUGCUCUUUGGGGCAGAGACUCAUUUAGAAAAGGAGAAACCCCAUCCUCCAAAGGGCUUCUCAGCCGAGGUCUCCGCUCCGGGCCGUGCCCCACCCCAAUGUCUUGUCCCCUAGUGUCAUAACGACCUCUGGAGUGUUGCUGUCUAGGGAAGGAGGAUUCCAUUAGCCAUGAAUCUCUCGCCUUUCUUUGUGCCAACUAAGCUGUGAAAUCCGUGUUGGUACCCGUGCUUUUCCCAGCAGAAUCUGUGGGAUGCACAGCUCGUUGUUUCCAGCUGUCUUCGGUGAAUAUCUGCAAACGUAACCCAUUGAAUCUCA